AUAGGACUCCCGAUUGUCACGUGAGCGGUGUUGCCACGUUGUUCAGCAUGGCUAGUACUAGAGUCGGCUGUGCCGUUGAGGUUGGCAACAGGACUGAUUCUACCGGUAAGAGUUCAAAUAUCAACAGUAAUAACGACUAUGAAACGAAGGAAAAGUUCAUGUACGAAUAUGGAAAGGCGAAAAUAAUAGAAAACAUUGAAAUAAGGAAUAAGAUUAAAAUCCAAGACAACACGGCUAACGCACACUGACGCACAAGGACUAGAGACGGAUUUAACAGUGAAAAAAAACAAAAAUUUAGAAAAUACACAUAAAAAAGAUACACACAAAGGAAACAACGCAGUAACCCAGAUAAACGUUCAUUCUUGUCAAGAAGCCAUGUCAAGAAGCCUGAGCAAGAUGAGACGGAUGUCUGUGAAUGCAAUACGAGUCGUCUUAGGGUCAGCACUAAAGCUCCCAUUGCUUCGCUGUCAGGUUUCUUGGCUCCAGAAGAUGAGCCAGCCGCAGCUACCUGUCUACCAGUCUGCUAUUCGAUCAAGGGAGCCAUCAUUCCAAGGCCAACAUCGCUUACCUCAACCAGCUUCCUCAUUGCAACUUGACUUUUUUCCGUGCAAUCUUGGUGAUGUAAGUGACGAACACGGUGAAAGAUUUCAUCAGGACAUUUCAGUUAUGGAGAAUCGGUAUUUUGCAAAAGAUAGUGCCACGAUGCUUGCAGACUAUUGUUGGACAUUAAUCGUGGAUAUAAAUUCACCACAUAAACAUCAGUCGGGACGAAAAAAUUCUAGGUGGAAAGAGUCGGAGAGAAAAAAUGGACAGCUUGUGUGUUUGUCAUCGUGACGUGUUCUGUGCCUGGGUAAGUGGUUUUUUUUUUUUUCUUCAACUCUUUUUAUAUGCUGUUUUAGCGCGCCAGUGGGGUCUACGUCUUUUACCCCAGGCAGGUCAACGUUCGGUACCAAGAGGCCGUCAGACAGUGGCGGAGGGAAUUUCGUCGGUACCUGGCCGAGCUGUGGGAAUGGGACGAGGGUGGCGUCCUAGAUAUUGCCCC